AGGUCCGUAGUCCCGUCCCGAGUCCCGACUCCCGACUCCCGGUAGUCCGUACUCCGUGCGAACUGCGAAACAGCGCGAAUCGCGAUCAAUCGCGAGACGCGACAUUGCGAUUGAGCAGCUGAGCACCAUGGCAGCCCAGUGGAUCCGCACAGCAAUCUCUUCGAAAAUCACCGGUGCACGGCUCUACAGCAGCAAGGUACACAAAUGCACCCUUAUUCCUGGAGAUGGCAUCGGACCCGAAAUUUCCGCUGCCGUGCAAAAGAUCUUCGAUGCCGCCAAGGUGCCGAUAGAAUGGGAAUCAGUUGACGUAACGCCAGUAAAGGGUCCAGAUGGCAAGUUUGGUAUACCACAAGCGGCCAUCGAUUCAGUAAAUAGGAAUAAAAUUGGUCUUAAGGGACCUCUAAUGACUCCAAUUGGGAAAGGUCACAGAUCUCUCAAUCUUGCGCUCAGAAAGGAAUUUAAUUUGUAUGCCAAUGUACGACCAUGCCUAUCCUUGGAGGGGUACAAGACACUGUACGACAACGUCGACGUCGUCACUAUCAGAGAAAAUACGGAAGGUGAAUACUCGGGUAUAGAACACGAGAUCGUAGAAGGCGUUGUACAAUCUAUUAAGUUAAUCACCGAGGAAGCCUCUCGUAGGGUAGCAGAAUUUGCUUUCCAAUAUGCCACGGACAAUAAUAGAAAAAAGGUUACUGCUGUACAUAAAGCUAAUAUCAUGAGGAUGUCGGACGGUUUGUUCUUGAGGUGUUGUCGAGAAGCCGCACAAAAGUUUCCAUCUGUCAAGUUCGAAGAGAGGUACUUGGAUACAGUUUGCUUAAACAUGGUACAAGAUCCAAGCCAAUACGACGUGCUCGUCAUGCCUAACUUGUACGGUGAUAUCUUGUCUGAUAUGUGCGCUGGACUCGUCGGGGGCCUCGGUCUGACACCCAGCGGGAACAUUGGUCUGAACGGAGCCUUGUUCGAAUCGGUACAUGGAACGGCGCCCGAUAUUGCCGGCCAAGAUAAGGCAAACCCCACGGCGUUAUUGCUCUCCGCGGUAAUGAUGCUCAAAUAUAUGGGCUUGACCACGCACGCCAAGAUCAUCGAGCAUGCUGCUUAUGACACUAUUAAGGAAGCCAAGUAUCUGACUGGCGAUCUAGGCGGCACUGCCAAGUGCAGCGAGUAUACCAAUGAAAUUUGUAAGAAAGUUUCCGCGCAAACCAAAUAAAAAGGCAGACAUUUUGUUGGCCCAACGUUGAACUGCCAAAUACUCGUAGACGUCGUGCGUCCACAAUGAAGGGAUCGCUAUUUUUUACCAUCUGUUGUAGCGCAUGCAGUUUCGUGCGUGCGUCUCCAUUAUAAACUCGCACGCGGACGUGACGGCGUGCGUAUCGUUAAGUAUUUUUUCAGUCGUCCACGGGUGCGUUCGGGGAGACGCUAAUAGCUAAUAGCGCUAUUUAGCGCUACAAGUUGUUUGCGGAGCUAGAUGGUAGCGCUAGCAAACGCUAUCGUAACGUCACUGAUCGUAAUGUUGUAGGUCGUAACUGCGCGUUACUAACGCUUUCCUUCCGAGAUAGUGCAUUGGUAGCGGUAGCGUUUGCGAGCUCUACGAACAGUGGCAGUAAAUUGUUUGCAUCUGUUUAUCUGGGAAUUAAUUUCAAAAUUUUCUGUUGUAAACGUUGACCUGGCUACAAAUAUAAAAUGGAUCAUACAUAUAGAAAUAUACUCCAAGUACUGCUGGUAUUAAUACUUUUUUACGAUCUUGCUCUAUUUUACUAUUUGGUUAGGCUUGAAGUUAGGCGUGGUAGCGAGCUGCCCGAACGCACCCUAUAUGUGUGCAUGAAGAUUUUCUCCCUUUUUAGAUAAAUUCUCUCGAUUUAAUUUGACUUGAUAAUUCGACUUGAUUUCAAUGAUUUGUCAAAUACGAAAUUGCAUUUAACUUUCUUUAUAAAUUCAUCAAAUUCAUAAGAAACGCACGUGCGCCAUCGUUACUAUCGUCUAUCGACUGCAUCGACCGACCACGUUUCUGUAUAUAACCGAUAUAAUACAUCGCGUUUAGAUUGUGCAGAGAUAAGGUCUUUGUAGAGAUUGUAAAGAUUAUAGCCAUGUAAAUUAAAUAGUAGAAAUGCUGUAUCAUAAUUUUAAAGAAGAUUGUUAUGCGAGACGUAUGUCUUACAGUUAGACUAAGAAUAGUUGAAAUUAUUGAACUUGCGCAGUAUUAAAAAUAAAAGUUUACGAAAUUAACCCAA